GCGGCGAAGGUCAGUCCACGUCAGCUCUCCAGAGAGAGAAAAGCCAGCAAUGAAAAAAGAUACAUAGCCUCCGUACCGUUGACCUUGCAGCCUCUUCCUGGCUGGGCUUUGCAUUUCGCCCGUCCAUUAAAAUGCCCACUGGCUUCUCCCAGGUAGAGAGCAUUAGAGUUUCUCAUCUGGAGUUAGAAAACAACAAGACCGCAGCAGAGACCGGAGCGCCAUGAGGACUAGCAGCUGGGUGCUCCAUCUGCUCCUUCUGCAACUGGGAUCUUCUCAUGUCAUAGAAUGGACCUACAAAGGGAAACUGGAUGAGACUCACUGGGGAAGACACUUUUCCGACUGCCUGGGCCUGCGCCAGUCUCCCAUUGACAUUCGGAAGAAGGAUGUCCUGUACAGUUCGGAGCUGGAGCAACUGGAAUUCAAUGGCUUUGAAGGGCCUCUGCAAGGCAGCUUCACUAUGACCAACAACGGCCAUUCAGUUCAGAUCAGCCUGCCUUCAGGCAUGACCAUCACCAAAGGGCUUCCCACCAUCUUCACUGCUGUCCAGUUCCAUCUUCACUGGGGAGGCAUGGACCUCGAGGCCAGCGGCUCUGAACACACCGUGGACGGCAUGCGUUACAUUGCAGAGCUUCAUAUCGUCUUUUACAAUUCAGACGCUUAUUCCAAUUUUCAUGAAGCAAAAGAUAAACCAAAUGGAUUGGCUGUACUAGCUUUUCUGUAUGUGGAGAGCAAUUUAGAAAAUACCUACUACAGCGAUUUCAUCGCUCACUUGGCCAAAAUCAGGUUUGCAGGGCAGUCAACCACACUCAACACUCUUGACAUCAUGACAAUGUUGCCGGAAAACCUUUCCAAUUACUACAGGUACCAGGGCUCCUUGACUACACCUCCAUGCACAGAAAAUGUCCUUUGGACGUUGUUUGACUCGCCUAUAAAGCUCUCCCAUGCACAGGUCAGGCUGCUGGAGAAUGCCUUACUGGACUGGGAGAACAACACCUUGAGGAACGACUACCGCCAUGCCCAGCCCCUCAAUGGCAGGGAGGUCUUAGCGUCCUUCAUAUCCAAGCCAACCGCAGCUGUAGAAAUGUGUCACCCCGAGACCUUCACCCAAAAACUUGAUGAAAUACAGGCCCAUCUCCAAGAAAUGAAGAAGUACCUUAUGGAUGCCAUGGAGAAACCUGGUCGCAAGCCAGGCAACUUCCAGGCUUUUUACUUUGAUGACGACAACGUGGAGAGCCACGUCGAGAUCCGCCCCUUGCGGCCGAUGGCCCUACAAGCUUUCACCCUCUGCUUCUGGAGCCAGAACCUGAUCCAAGGGAAGCAAACCGUCUUCUUCUAUUCCACCCCGGAAAGGGACAAUGAGUUGGUGGUCACGGUGGGCGUGGAAGUGGGCGUGUGGAUCGGAGGGCACUUUGUGCAGUUCGAGCUCCACCGCAAGUCGGAAGAGUGGGCCCACUUUUGCGUCACUUGGGCCUCCAACUCGGGUGCAAUCAACAUCUGGAUCAACGGAGAGGUGGGCAUGACCAAGCACAUGCAAAAGAGGUACACCAUUCAGAGCGACGGGACGCCCAUCCUCGGCAAGUACAAGAACGCCAUGCUGAACGUCUUUGCCAACGCGUUCUCCGGGUGGCUGAGCCACGUCAACCUCUGGGGCCGCCUUCUCGAGCAACAGGAAAUCCAGGAGCUCAUGUUUUGCAAGCGAGAGGAUCUGAAGGGGGAUAUCAUCGCUUGGGGGGAAACACCCAUGAGCUUGUUUGGAGGAGUGGUAGUGGAUGCUGAUACCACUUGCAGGUGAUGCCCUUUGGAAAGCAAGCAACCGGCGAGGUGGAAACGUCGGAAAGACGGAGAGAGUGAGAGAGCAAACGCUGAUUGUUACACAAUUGUGAUCUUAAUUUUUAUUCAUGUUAUGCAUGUCGCAGGCUGCAUCUCUGUCCUCUCUGAACACGCUUCUUCAUCGCCUCAUGUCUGUAACAGAGCCCUUAAGGUGGAGUUUACAGAGGCAUCAAACUACAGGGAAAACUCACCGUAAGGCGAGGGGCUAUAAUUCUUCCAUAUGUAUUGGUUUGCUUUCUGGUAGUGGAAUCGAAAUAUUUUGCUAAGAAAAUGCAGAAGCUGGUCUAUUGCAGAGUUGUCUCAUGCGAGAUGUAAAUAUAACAUCAUCUGCUAAUGUAACUUCAUCUGUUUACUUUCCCGAAAGGGAACAUGGACUGGAAGGUCUCCCUCCGCUAUCAAAGCGGCGAUAAGAAAAUGGAAGAGAACCGAGAAAGCCGUUAGAUUAGCUGGCCUGACUAACAUGUCGCUUUCUUUCUGCUAGCCUCACAUGGAUCACUGGUUGUCCUUUUCCCUUGCCUUUCUAUAUCUCUGUGCGCCUACCAAGCCCUUGCCGUGGCCAAGUACUUCUCUAUAAUCCCAGCUUCGCAAUGGUCCUGCAUUAUAAAUCCUAGCACUCAUCUAACCAUGUAUCUUUGAGGGUUAGGUUGGGCUUUCAGAUAUGCAUAUAUGCGGUACAUGCCACGAAUCUACAAUUAGGACUCCUGAUGUACGUUGGCACAUAUUUGCAAAGUAAGUCACUUCUUGUUUGCACAUGAUUGUUGUCUGUGCAUGCUAGUUUGGAAACAUGUGGUGAAAACCUUACGAUGCACAGCCUUCCUUAUAUACAUAUGAAAAAGGACAGUUUCCCCCUAGAGAUUAGGAAGGACUACAAUUCCCAGAACCAGCGUCUUGGGGCAAGUCAUUCAUCAUGCAUCCUCCAUUUUUGCUUUCUGCAUUUCAAUCACAGAGGUCUAUACCCCUUCAAGUCCUUGUUGGCUAUAUUUCCUUAGUUCGGUUUAGUUUUUAAACAAAGACAGUGCAAGUUUUUCUUUAAACUCUUUGAGAAACUCUUUAGGGGUUUAAAUGACAUUAAGCCUUGCUGGGAAAAGUGGAGAGGACUGAACCAACAGUGACUGUGUAGCUCUCCUUGCAAUGUGGCUUAUACAGUGCAGCCAUAUUAUAACUAACUAAUAAAUAAUAAAAUAAUAAAAUAAUAAA